UAUGCCAAACGUAACGGCCAUGAUAUCGUUUAUGAGCAGCUUCUCGAAGAAGGAUGUAGAGCCGAAUUAAUACUUGGACUACUCGAUACAAAAGAAAAUAAAAACGGUCAAUGUUCAAAUUUCGAUUACCUGUCUCAACCGCUUAAGUACUCAGAAGAUGGCACAAAAUUAUUAGAUUACGAAAAUAAUGGUGUUAUGAUGGGAUGGGAAAUGCCUUUAAUGGAAAAACAUGCUGAAAUAAUAUGCACUAGAGAGAAUCUUGACAUCCUAAAUGUUGGAUUUGGUCUUGGACUUGUUGACACUGCCAUCCAAAAAUAUAAGCCACGUACACAUACAAUUAUAGAAGCUCAUCCAGAUGUCUAUAAACACAUACUGGCUAAAGGCUGGGAUAAAAAGCCCGGUGUAAAAAUCAUUUUUGGCCGGUGGCAAGAUUCACUAGAUCAACUUGAAAUUUAUGACGGUAUAUUCUUUGACACUUUUGGUGAAUUGUAUGAAGAUUUUCAUGAGUUCAAUAAUGAACUUCCUAAUUUCCUUAAACCAGAAGGAAUAUAUUCAUUUUUCAAUGGUUUAGGAGCCACUAAUCCCUUUUUUCAUGAUGUUUAUUGUCGAAUAGCAGAACUGCACCUAGCCAGUGUGGGAUUUCAAACAGAAUUUAUAGAGAUUCCUAUCGAUCUAUCUAGUGAAAAAAUUUGGGAAG